GGACCCGCCGUCCGUCCGAUCGCGGAGCGUGUGGGGAAACUCGUUGGUAUGGCUGUCCAGAACACAGAACUUUCUCUUUCAGAAAUAGUUAAAGAAGUGACACAACAACAGCAACAACAAGCAGCCGAAGCAGACAAAAAUAAGGUCAUUCUUAGUCACUUGCAGGCCAAAUUGUUUGAAAUGGAGAAAGACAAUAAAUCUAUUCUUAAAGAACUUACAGUAACCGAGAAUCAGACAUGCCAGUUACAAAAUGAAUUGGAGAAUCGCCAACAAAGCUGCGCUGAACUGGAGGCCCAACUCUGGAGUCUUAAUGCAAGCAAUUUGCAACUUAAGUUUGCUAUACAAGAGGAAGAACAAAAAUAUUUGAAGUUGUUGUCUGAAAAUGAAAAAUAUCGUAAAAAAAUGUUGGUUCACAAAGAAAUGACAAGUCAGCUAGAAAAUAGAACUCCAAUCAUGAUGCAGCUGGAAGAAAAACUACAGAUGGUCAAAGAUUUAAAAGCAAAGAAAGAAGAACUAAUAAUAGAUCUUAUGAAUCCUGAAGGGAAUACAAUAAAACAAGUACAGGGAGAAAUUAUAGAAUUAAAGGCUAAAAUAUCAGAAAUAAAAGUUGUGAUUAAUGAAAAAUCAAUUCAAUUAAACAAGGAACAAGAAAAUCAGAUUCAUCUUAAGAAAGAAAUUGAGGUGCAGAACAAAAGAUGUGAAGCGAUACUUAAGCGUUUAUAUUCUCAGUUGAAUAAAAUUCAGUCCAACAAACGUCAGUUAACUUGGGAGAUUCAGCAGAUGGAAAAGAAUGCAGCACACCUGAGAAGUUGUCUAGGAAUAACACAGUAA